GUCCGGUGGAAAAUUGACCUGAUGCUAAUGCCACUUUUACUUGGAACAUAUACACUGAACUUUCUGGAUAAAGGCAUUCUUUCCAACGCAUCAGUUUUUGGCCUGAAGAAGGACACGCAUCUUGUCGGCCAGCAAUAUAGCUGGGUUGCAAGCAUUUUCUAUUUUGGCUACAUGCUAGGGCAGCCAGUUAAUGCAUACAUGCUUCACAAAGUGCCUAUGGGCAAAUGGUUGGCUGGUAAUGUAUUUGGAUGGGGAGUAUGCAUUCUGUUGGCCAUUACGGCCAAAAACUUUGCAGGCCUCGCUACUACGCGCUUUUUUCUCGGACUUUUUGAGUCUGUCAAUAACCCAGCAUUUGUGCUCAUCACUGCUCAAUAUUAUACUCGCAAAGAACACUCACUUCGCGCAUGUAUAUGGUGGGCAGGCAAUGCGGUUGGAUCUUUUUUUGGAGACCUUAUCGCGUAUGCCAUCGGGCAUGGCCACGGGUCGCUCUCGCCAUGGAAGUACAUGUUCAUCACGUUCGGAGGCUUUACAGUCCUCUGGUCUGCAGUUCUGUUGCUGCUUUUACCCGAUUCGCCAUGGAAGAUGGGAUUUCUAAAUGAACGAGAGAAGAAGAUUGCUGUGUUGCGCGUCAUGUCUAAUCAUACUGGAAUCAGCGCCUCGAAUUGGAAAUGGAAACAAGCAUUCUCCGUUCUUGUGGAUCCUCAAGCCUGGAUAUUCUUCUGUAUUGCAUUUAUCCAAUGCUUACCAGGCGGUGGCUUGACGGCUUUCAACAAACUUAUCCUAACAGGUCUUGGAUAUACCAAUCUCCAAGCCACGAUAUACUCUAUGCCGGAACAUGCCAUUCAGCUCUUUGGCGUCGUGGUUGCGGGCAUUGCUGGUUCCUACCUGAAAAAUUUUAGAUGCAUCGUUAUUGUGCUAUCUAAUAUCCCUCCCUUGGUUGGUAGCUUGAUCGUGUAUUACGUGCCGGCGUCCGACAAGUUGACGCGCUUGGCUGGUGUUUACAUUCUCUUUACAAACACAAUUAGUUAUAUCAUGGUGUUGAGUCUUGUUGCUUCGAAUUUCGCUGGAAUGUCUCGCAAGACUACCGUUUCGGCUGGAAUAUUUCUUGCAUAUUCAGCUGGUAAUCUCGUUGCUCCAAAUCUCUUUAUCGACUCGGAGGCACCUCUAUAUCCCACGGGGUUUAGAGGGAUGAUUGCUUCGUUUAUAACGUUGAUCGUCCUGGCCUUUGCUCUCAUGGGAUAUUUGGUUAUACAAAAUAAAAAACGUGAUAAGUUGUACGGCAAAGUUGAUCCAAAUGCCGUACAGGAGGAUGACUUUAUGGAUUUAACGGAUCAGGAGUUGCACUAUUUCCGAUAUGCCUGGUGAACAUCUCUAAUUUUUUCUGCGGACAUUUAGGACAUGCUGAAAGUCAGAGCUGAAAGUCAGAGCUGAG